CAACCUCGAUUUUGAGUGCGGCUGGAGGGCUGCUACGUCACAUCCGCCGUUCCCCUCCGGAAGUAGAGUUAAUUUUUAUUCACAGGGAGAAAAAAAAACAGCUGUUGUUGAGAAAGAAAACAUCAAAAAAUGCCGGCCCCAAAGAGAGGACCAGCUCCUCAUGAUUCUCAGCCCAAGAUGCGGAAGUUGGAUGAGGAUGGGGAGGCUCUGCCAUCCAAAACUGCACCAGCUACCAUCAAUAGGUCCCUUAAAACAGGAAAUACACAAGAAAAGUCAGCAGCCCCUCGGACUAAGAAAAAACUGUCUGCUUCAGGGGAAGAGGGAAAUAAACCAGCCAAGUCAUCCAAUCAGAGCUCUCCUCCGAAGGAUUCCAGCAAAACCAUUUCUGAUCCGCCUGUCAAAAAAGCCAAGCUCCUGAACGCCACAAGUGCCUCCUGCGGAGAAGCUCCCUCACAGAAAGCUAACUCCAAACCUUCCCUGAAGCGAACAGCCUCCACAGAGUCUGACGAUGAGCUGAGUAGCGAUGGUGGUAAGAUUGACCUCUUUAGAGAGAGGGAUGAUGGCGACAAGGCCCGCUGCAUCAGAAAAUAUUCAAACCGAGUCAAAGCGAAGCGCAAAGCUGAAGAAUCACCUACUGACUCACAGGAAACAAGCCAAGGGUUGCUUUCUGCACCGACAGACCUUAUACAGAUGGACCACAAUUAUGGCAGAUUCUCAGAUUUGCCAGAUAUUCGAAGCAUGGAUGAGGCUGAUCAGAAUGAGACCAAGGAAGCUGCAGAGUCUGUUACUGAACCUGAGAGACAAGAAGAGUCAAAGGAAACCUCAGUCUCUGUAUCUGGUAGCACUAAUACUAGUAUAAAAUCUGAGUGUGCGGCUGAAGAAAGUAAAUAUGAGGAACUUAAAAAUGUAGAAGGCCAAAAGCUCAUAGAUAAGGAAACACUACCAUCAUCUGGAGAAACAUUAGACUUUGUCACUGCAGCAGUUGAAAACACGCCUUGUGUUGCAUCUGAGGCUAAGGAAAAUGAAAAGGAGGACAUUGCAGAGUCUACCAAAAGCCAAAAGGAUGAAGAUGGCAAAACACUAGCAUUGUCAGUGGAAACACUAUGUUCUGUUACCGGAGAGGUGAAUCCAAGCUGUGAACUUAAAGACCAGGUAGAUGAAAAAACAGGCUCAGAUUGCACACCAGAAAGUCAGGCAGAUGUGAGCAGUGACACUGAAACAAAGGAGACCACAGAGUUACUUUCUGACGGGAUGAAACUGAAUUUAAAAUGUAAAACCAAGGAAGACGAACAUGAAAUGAAUGAAGGGAUUGAAGCAGCCAGUGUCUCCAUGGAGCAAAAAGAUGUGGGUACAGAAGAGAAACCAUUGUCAAACAAAACAAACUCUGCACCAGAAGAGAUCCUGGUGGGAAAUAGGAAUCCAGAGAGUCAAACAGACCUCAGUGUUAAAAUUCAAGUUACUUUUAAGGAGGAAUCGAAAUCUGUACACAUGCCUGACCAAGUGCCAGAAAAAAUGACCAACUCUUGUGAUGGUGUGAGCAAAGUAGUUAGAAACUCUGAGGAAAAGCUUGAAGAUGGUGAAAGAAAAGAAGUUGAAUUCCAGUCGCCUCAGUCUGUUGCUGAUCCUGGGUCUUUUUUUGAGGUGCAGGUUAGCCAUGGCGUGACAGACAAGAUGACUGACAGCUGUGCUGAAAUAUUGACACCUGAUUGCGAGGCGGUUUGUGAGCAAAAACAAAGAGAGGUGUUCUCUGAAUGUGUCACAGUCUCAGAGGGUCAAAUAGACGUGCACUCGCAGACUAAAAUAACAUCAGAGGGGAUGUCUGACUCAGCACCUAGAGUGGCUAUACAAAACCAGGGGAACCACAAAGUUAAUGACCACACUCCGGAAAUACCUGCUGAGGUUAAAGAAGAUGUGAAGGUGGAAAAUACUACAAGUAUGGAAAAAGAAACGGAGACGAACUAUGAGUGUGCCACUGCGCCAGAUAGUGAAAUCAAAAUGGAUGCAGAGGCUUCAGCAACGUCAGAGGAGGAGAUUGCUAAUCCAGCCUCCACGGUGGAAACACAAAGCCAGAAAGGCCAAGAGGUUUGGGAACCUACUACAGACAUAUCUGCCAAUUUUAAUAAGGAUCAUGUGGUUGAAAAUUCUAAAAUCAGAGAAAUGCAGACUACUUCGACAUCAGACAUUUUUCCUCCAACCUCUAAAUUGGAAAUAGAAAAUCAGAAAUGUACUGCAGGCAUAUCCACAGAGGUUCAUGGAGAUAUAAUGAUUGAAAAUUCCGAAAAAAUGGAAAAUGAAGACAGCGAGAACCCUGAAUGUGCUAGUGGAGCCCAGAGUCAAAACAACAUGGAAAUACAACCUAUAACAACAUCGGAGAUUCCUAAUCCAGCACCUACACUGGAAGAGAAAACGCAGGAGAGCCCAGAAGUGAGCGAGCCCACCACAGACGUAUCUGAUCAAGUACAUGCACAUUCUCAGAGCACAGAAGAUAUAGACAGGGUUGAUGCCAAAUGUGUUGCUGCUCCUGAGAAUCAAACAGAAGUGGAUAUGCAGGCUGUGACUUCAUCAGAGGAGCUUUCCAAUCUAGCAUCUACGGAGGAAAUACAAAACCAGGAAAGUCAGGAAGUCAGCGAACCUACCACAGACAUGUCUGAUGGAUUUCAUGAGGAUCAAAAAUGUGAACAAACUAAGUUUGUGGAAAAUGAAAACAAGGUGAACUUUGAACCCGCGGCUGUACCAGAGAGUCGAAUUGAAAUGGAAAUGCAGACGACAUUGACUUCAGAGAUUUCUAACUCAGCCCCUUCAGUGGAAAUACAAAAGACGAGAACUGCAGAAUCAGAGGAGAUUUCUAAAAUAUCACCUACAGUGGUAAUGAAAAGCCAGGAAGUCAGUGGAUGUGCUACAGACAUAUCUACAGAGAUUCACGGUAACCUGAUGAUUGAAAAUUCUCAAAAUGUGAAGAAUGAAGGCAAGAUGAACUUUGAAUCUGAGGCUGCACCAGAGAAUCAAAUCAGAUUGGAAAUACAGACUAAACCGACUUCUGAAUUUUCUAACCCAGCCUUUUCAGUGGUAAGAGAAAGUCAGAAAAACCAAAAUGAAGUGGAUGUAGAGAGUACACCAACGGCAGAGGAGAGUUUUAACGUAGAACCUACAGUGGAAAUACAAGGCCAGGGGAGCCAGGAUGUCAGAGAUCAUAGUACUGACAUAUUUACAGAAUAUGGUGUACCAGAGAAUCAAAUCAACAUGGAAACGCAGGUUACAGUGACAUCGGAGAUUUCUGUUCUAGCACACAAAGCAGAAAUACAAAGCCAGAAAAACCAAGACGUCACUGAACCUGCAAGAGACACAUCUGAAAAGGUUCAAGAAGAAAUAAAGAUUCCUUCAAAUGACUGCAAUGAAGGUGAAAACAAGGUUAUCACAGGCUGUGUCAGUGCUACUGAGGGUCCAAAAGAAAUGGAAACGCAGACAACGGCAACACCAGAGGAGAUUUCUGAUCCAACAACUGAAGUGCAAACACAAAACCAGAGAGGUCAGGAGGUCAGUGAACUUACUACCGACACUGAACUUCAAAAUGAUGCAAUCAUUGCUUGGCCUGUGAGCAAGGGGAACAAGGAAGAAGUCAUCACUGAAUGUGUUAGUGCUACUGAGAAUCAAGUAGAAAUGGAUGCGGAAACAACAGCAACUCCGGAGGAGAUUUCUGAUCCAGGAUCUAUCGUGGAAAUACAAAGCCAGGGAAGCCAGGAGGUGAGUGAACUCAAUGCAGACAGUGAGAUUCAGAAAGAUCUAGUGACUGCAAGUUGUUGGAAUAAGGACAUUGAAGACAAGGCUACUUCUCAGCCUGUUAAUGUUCCAGAGAUUCAAACAAAUAUGGAAACUACUGCAGCGCCUGAAGACAUUUCUAUUCCAGCACCUAUAGCAGAACAACAAAGCUAUACGAUGGAGGAAGUCACUGAACACACUGUGGCCUUAUCAAAUGCAACUCAGGAACCUCUUCCUAUGAGUAAUUUGGAACAUAAAGAAAAUGAAAAUAUGCCCGAGGCAGCAAUUAGUGCUGAAGAUAUCCAAGAGGAUAUGGAUGUAAUAAGUGGAUCAAUAGAAACGGAAGAUUCUGCCUUACAAGAGGAAACAGGGAAGCAAAUGAUUAAUGAGGCCAAAGAAGAGACUGCAAUCAUUUCUCAUGAUAAGGCUGACAAAACAGUCAGUAUUAUUGAAGGACAAGGAGAAGGAACUGGCAGCAAUGAAGUAAUCGUUUAUGUUUGUGGCCAGACAGAUGACACUGAUGUUGUAAUUCACGCAUCAGAAGAGCAGAUUAAGAAUCAGCCAGAAGUUCAGCUUCACGAAAACCAGAUCGUGUAUGAACCCAUUAGUAGUCCAGAAAGUAAUGACGAUAGGGAGGUGUCUACAGCGUCAGAGAAGCAUGAUGGUGUGUCUUUACUGGAUUUACAGAACACAGAGACCCCGCAACUUAAAGAACACACAUCGACUGAUGAAGAAAACAACACAAUUGUUGACCCACAAUUGGAAAAUGUGGAAAACGCUAAGGAACAAAUUUGUGUAUCUGACAGCCGAGCAGCAGUUGAAAUGGAAGUAGAAAGCAUACAAAACAGUGUGCCAGAAAGUUCUCUCCCUGCACAGUUGGAGCAGAGUAACAGGAAUGUGGAUGUGAAACAAGUUGCAGUGAUCAGCUCCAGCGAUGAUAUCAGCGUGCCAGAUGGCCAGCCAGAAGAGGCAACAGAAAAAAGUGACAGGAAUGGUUUUCUGGAGUGCAUCAGUGCCACAGAUUUUUCUGAACAGGUGCAGGAGGACACUGGACUUCAGGAGGCUGCAGACAUCACGGUGACAACAACUACAGCCACCACUGAAGCUGAGAUACCAGAUAGUACAUCGGAGGAGUAUGUGAUCUUAGAACCAGUCCCAGAGAGUGAAAUUCACUUUGAUAUUGUCACUCAAGCAGCGGCCGAAUCGGGUUUGUCUGCCUCGCUUUCAGAGGAGGUGAACCCAGACAGCGCAUUAGUGGGUGAAGCAGAAAAUCUUUUAAGUGGUUCCCAACAAACCAUCUUCCCUCAGGCAGAAGUGCAUGAGGUCAAAGAUGCUACACUGACCAGUUCAGGUGAGGACAAGGAGACCAGGGUUAGGACAGAAACAUCAACUGGGGAAGUUUUUGAAGUUCAAAAUUCUGACCAAUGCCAGCAAUCAUCGUCUGACACGAUGGACCUUAUUACCACAGAGAUGGAUGUGACAAACUCUCAUGCUCAAUGCACAAAUGAAGACGGUGACGCUGUGGUGAUAGAGACUGCUGAGGGAAAUUUGGACCUACAAGAAGUGCAGAUUCUGGAGGAUAUAGAGAUCGGUCGUGAGAUUGUAGUAGCAGAGGAAGAGAACGAGGAAGACGGUGACAUUACAAUAAUAGAAAAACCCCAGGAAACACCUGAGGCAGGCCCUCCUAAAAAGGCGCAUGAAAAGGUUAAUGAGAAAAAUAAAGACGACAUCAGUGGGACCAACCUGAAGCAAAACAGCACAGCUGGCGACAAGGCUGAAGAUGAUCAAAAGGGACAGGAGGCAGAAAAACCCAAGAAGCAAGAAAUGAAUACACAAGCCAGAACCAAAGCUCGCCUGGCAGCGCUGGCUGAGCAAAAGGCUGCAGCAUCUAAGAGAACAGCAAACAGACAGCAGCUGAACCUCUUAGCUCUGUGUCAGGAAAUCGCAGAGGACAUUGCCACAGACAGCAUGCUUUUGAAGAGGAUAGAGGAGGAAAAACAAGCAGCAGCAGCAGCGGCGGCAGCAGCAGCAGCCAAGGGUGAAGCCAGCAAGAAAGAAAUUUCACCUGUUAACACACAGGAUUCAGAUACUGUUAAUGUAGCAACUCCUGCUGGACCAGAAGGGUGCUCUGCUUCGGUGACCCCUGCUUUGGAGGCAUCUGCAGCCCAGCCCUCGACACCUGAUUCAGCUGAGGCCAAGCCAGCUACAGAGCCUCCAAAGAGACGUUUCUUCAUCACGCAAGUUUCCGUACCGCUGAAAGCCCAUGAGAAAAAGAAGCUAACUAGAUAUCAAAGGCUGAGACAGGUUGAACUGCAGAGAGAAAAAAUGUCCUGGGCACGCGUGAAGAAACUAAAGUCUGACCAAGCAAAUCAGAUGUUUUCAGAGAUGGAUUGGCAAACACCCGUGUCUGCCACCUCUCCAUUUUUAGUGAGUCCUGUGACCACAACUCCUCCACCUGCAGCCAGUCCACCAAAAACAUCUCCCCCAAGCCCUGCCACAAUUAGCAAACCUGCUACACCCCAGGCAGAGGUUCCCAAAGCUGAGACUCCUAAAGCUGAACCCAUCAAAACAGGACCCACUAAGACAGAAACCUCCAAACCGGCACCCACUAAAACAGAAACCUCCCACCCAGAGCCAACUAAAACUGAACAUACUAAGUCUGAAACCCCAAAAACUGAACCUCCUAAAACUGAAACUCGUAGAAGUACAAGGCAAAGUAAGGCUCAAACUCCUAAGGCAGCCCCUACUCCAGGGCCAGCCCCGAAAGUGACUAGAUCAGCAGCCAAGCGGAGCCUCCCAGCAGUGCCUCCUCCCAUGCCCAAUGGACUUAAUACUCAAAAAUCGAAGCCUGAUAUUGAUUACAAGCCAUACAGACCCCGGCCCAAGUAUUCCCCUGAUGACUUUGAAUUAGAUGAUGACCCCUUACCGGUUGCUCCGACAAAGCCAAAUGUUCAGUCGAGGCCCACACAGCCGACACGGCCCAACCUUCAGUCAAUCCCCUCAGCUCAGUCUAAACCCGCAGUUUCAUCACAACUUACCAACCAGGCAAAACUCAAAGCUCAGACCACACCUGCUGGACAGAUCCCAGGUCAGUCAAAGCCCAGUGUUGCAGCUACAGCUCAGUUAAAGCCUGUAGCUUCCACCAACCCGCAAUCAAAACCUGCUGUUGCAGCAACUCUCCAGUCAAAGGCCACAACUGCCACUGCAGCUUCAUCAAAACCUGUUCCUUCAGCUAAGGCUCAAUUAAAGUCUCCUGUCUUGACAGCACCACGGUCGAAUGCCGUUUCUGCUCCAGGUCAGUCCAAGCCUGCUGCUUCUGCUCCCACCCAGUUAAAGCCUGCAGCUGGUGGAGUUGCAGCUCAGUUGAAGCAGUCUGUCUCAACCACAUCUGAGACAGGACCUGACGUUUCGAAGACCGAUGCUGCUUCGAUGUCUCGGGAAACCCCAAAUCCACCAUCAUCGGAAGAUGGCAAAUGCAAGGAUAUAGCUGAUCCACUUUCAUCAACUCCCACCUCUUCCCUUUCCUCUGAUGAGAGCUUGAAAGUGUCGGAUGGCACACAGCAGCAUGAACAAAAGCCUGCAGAGAAUAAGACAGAAACAGCCAAGGCAGCUGAGAAGAUAUCGGAAAAGCUUUGUCAAGACAGAGCAGCGAAGUCACAGGAUGGUGGGACUCCUCUCUCUGAUGAAUGCCUGCAAAGAGAAGUCAAGAAACUAAAGGAGGCUGACAAAGAUGGCACCCAAACUAUUAUUGAUGCAGGACAGAAGCAUUUUGGAGCAGUGGCCUGCAGUGUGUGUGGGAUGCUCUACUCUGCUGCCAACCCAGAGGAUGAAUCUCAACAUUUACUCUUCCACAAUCAGUUCAUCAGCGCUGUCAAAUAUGUGGGAUGGAAAAAAGAGAGGAUUCUGGGAGAGUAUCCUGAUGGCAAGAUCAUUCUUGUCCUGCCAGAUGAUCCCAAAUAUGCUCUGAAGAAGGUUGAGGAGAUCAGGGAGAUGGUGGACAAUGACCUCGGCUUCCAGCAGGUGGAGACCAAGUGUCCCUCUCAGACUAAAACCUUCCUCUUUAUCUCCAAUGACAAGAAAGUGGCUGGAUGCCUCAUAGCAGAGCACAUACAAGAGGGGUACCGGGUGAUUGAGGAGCCCGUACCGGACGGUUCAGAGGGAGAGAAGGUGAUGUUUGAACGUCAGAGAGCUUGGUGUUGCUCCACCACGCCAGAGCCAGCGAUCUGCGGUAUCAGCCGCAUCUGGGUUGUUAACAUGAUGAGACGCCAGGGCAUCGCCUCACGCAUGCUGGAGUGCCUCAGAAACAACUUCAUAUACGGUUCAUACCUGAGCAAAGAUGAGAUCGCUUUCUCCGACCCCACUCCUGAUGGAAAACUCUUUGCCACGCAUUAUUUUGGCACCUCUCAGUUUUUGGUUUAUAACUUCGUGAGUGGAACACGUUCGUCCCAGCCCACAACCGAUGCAGUAUGACAGUCUUCAGGAAAGGUAACAAUGGAUUUAACCGAGACGCUCACUGAGUAACAGGACCCGCCCUCACUAAACAAUGUCUGACACAGAGUCUUUAUUUGUUUAACGAUUAAAAAACAACAAGAAAAACUGUAAAUUACUCUUUGGAGAGGAUACACAUUGGUUUAAAUCUCAGGAUGAAAACAACAAGGUGUUGUUGAAAAAUGUUAUUAAUUCACCCUUUAAUCCCUCCCAGCAUAGUAUUUUGAGAAAAAAAAAAGUAUUUUCUUUAUACGUUUUUAAGCAAACCGUUGGUUUUAUUAGAAGUAUAGAGUUUACAUGCAUGAUCUGACAGCAAUAGAAAACAAAGAGCAUUUCAUUGUUUUGGGGGUUUUAUUUUCCAUCCCCGAGAAGCAUAAGAUCAAUUGACUGCAUUAAAUAAACAGUUAUUUUAGAGUUUGUCCUCAUUUUGUUUUUGUUUUUUUACACCUAUGUCGUGGAGUAAACUAUGUGUACAUGAGGGUUUUCCAUGUUCAUCUCUCGACAGUUAACAGUGAUGCUGCCAUUGUCUCACAUCUGAAAUGCUUAAAGGUCAAAACUGCACAAUGCACAUUGAGCAGUUCAGGUUGACUCCUUUUUUUUUUACCCCCACAUCAGUCCGCUCAAUUUCACUUUCAUGUUUUCAAAUUAAUCAUCAAAACCAGGGGAUUUUUAUCGGUGGGACACAUUUCAACACUCUGAUCGAGGAGAUGUGGGUUAGAACUGUAGCUUGGGCAUUAAUUGUGUGCUCUAAUUUUCUUAGAUCACUUCGUCUGAACUGUUUAGGUUUCCAAGCUGAGCCAUAUACUGUACACCAUUUUAGCAGGGCAUUGUAGCCUAUACUGUAUGAGUGAUGUCUUUUAAUUUCAUCAAGGCUGUCUAUUGCUUUGUUUGUGCCUGAAUGAAUAAUGUUUGACUUACAAAGUUGAUUUGUUUUCUUUUUAGCCAUAUGUUCCUCUAAGCAGCAUUUGGCGUUUUAUUCAGUUAGUGUAGAGUAUCAUCCUGCUAUUCCUUAGUAACAACAAAUUAUAAUGUAUAUGAAAUUAUCAUGUAGAUUGAUGCAUACUAUAAUAAAGUUUAUAAUGAAAGGUGCA